UUUUCUUUGGAAAACAACAGCGGCGGUGGUGCAUAGGUCAGUGCGUACCCCGUUUAUGCUCCUUGUCACUUGCAUAAACGAUUGGCACCCAUCGACUGGUGUUUGCCAUGACAACCGGUCGACGAGUGUCCAUGGUGGAUGGCUUGGACCUUGUCACGAUGGACCGACUUCUCACGUCGCGGGUGCCGUGCGCCACUCCGGUCGCGUGUCACCUUUGCGCCAUCUUGUUGCAUAUGUCGCCCAAGAAAUUCUGUCGGCUCUGUGGAAACGUCGUGUGCCUCGAAUGCGCCGAGAAGCUCCUUGUGCAUGGUCAAAGGUGGACGCAUGGCGGCUUGCGAACAAAUGCAAAUCAUCCACUCACAGCCACGGUGUGUCUCGCGUGUUUCCACCACUCCUUUGUCCACCGCGUCGUUGGAUAUGUUGAAGCGGUUCCCGAUAACCACAACGUUCGCCCUUUGCUGAGUCGAAGGCGAGACAGCCCGCAUAUGGAUACCGAAGACACGGUCGCCGCCGCCAGCAGCCACUUUCCUCCGUUGGCUCCACUGCAGCGCCGAGUGUGCGUGCCUAUUUACGGUGGAUCCGACAAACCAUGCGAGGAAACCAGACCGUUUCGAGCGUCUGUCGGCCAACUUGUCGAUCGCUUGGACCGUUAAGUGUGUCAUCUUAACCAUCCCAACUGUAGCCUUGUUUCCAAGCCGAUGAAAGUCGUCCGAACAACUCAUGAGGAUCGUACGAGUAUCAUGCGUUGUCCAUCGGUGA